AUGAAUCAAUUGUAAUAUGAAGAAUAGAGGACUCAAUAAGAAAUGAUGUAAUAAUAAUAUUAAUAACAAUACUAAUAAAGACAAACCUAUUAAUAAAACUAAUAAUAAAGUUAUGAUCCAUGGGACAAUAUGAUAUGUGAUUUUAAAAAUCAUACUUCUAUUUUGAAUAAAUAAAAUAACAAUGAUAGAUAGAUAAAUAAAAACCAACCAGUAUAUAAUAAUCAAUAUCCAUAUGGUGGCUAAGAUUUUCAAAUGAAUGAGAGAAAUAAUUAAAAUUAUUAAUCAAAUACUCCAAAAACUGAAAUACCCUAAUAUUAAGAUUAAUAAAAAAUUCAAUAAUAGGACUAAUCAAAUUUGACAGCAUAUUAAAGAGUAUUUAAGACUACUCCAGAUGGUAGAACAGUUUGUACCUACGAAGAUGUAUUUUUUAUUAUUAUGAAUUUUAGGUUAAAAAGUAUAUGGAAAGUGAAACACGCACAGAGAUAACCCCCAAAAAUUUUCGUAUCAAACGCAUAGUAGAAAUAGAUCAUAAGAUGUGA